AUGGCGGGUUUGGAUCCUGUACAUGUGAAAGAAGAAGAGGGCAAAACAUCCCAAAAUAUUAUUGCACUGGUAUCACAGUUUGCCGACGAUAACUUAACUUUUGUCCGGAACAUCAGCACUGGUCUCGCGUUGGUUGGUUUUCUCAUCAUAGCGAGGAGCAUCAGACUGAUUACUAAAUUUGGCUCCGCUGCUGAUAUUCCAGCACGUUUCAUUGAGAGAAACAUCAGUAUCAGAGGAAGAGUGAGAAAUAUAUCGGAGAAAGGGCUUGAAGUGGAACACAUUCCAAUUUAUGUCCCUUUGCUCAGCCCCCUGCUUACUAAACGUCAGUCCGUGACCCUCCUGGAUGUGCGACUUGCUGGAGUGGAGCUGACCUCUGAAGGGCAACACUGGAUUGGUCAACAGCUCAAACCAGCUGAGAAAGUGUGGCUCCGACUCAUCACUCGACAGGAUGAGACCCUCCACUGCUUGGUGUCAGUGAACAGGGGCCCUCUCUUAAGCACUUGUAUAAAUGAGGAGCUUUUGAGGCAUGGUUUGGCUAGGACUUGUCCUCUGGUGGGUCUGGAACCUCAGUCUCGGAUCUACUGGAGGCUCUAUAAGCGUUUGCUGAGGGCGGAGAGCAGAGCAGAGAAGAAAGGGAAAGGCCUUUGGAAAGAAGAGAGUCGUUGGGAGAGGGCUACUUCUGUCCUGAGAAACAAUACUCUAGUCAUGUCAAUCAAGAGACUUUUUAAAUGGACAUCUGGGAGUAGUAAACAGUAGUAAACUAUUACAUUUUCAAAAGGAUAAUGGUGGUUAAUCAUUGUGCAAAGUUUAUUAUUUUGUAUAUUUAUUCUAAAUGUAGUGUUGUGUAAUCUCAGACAGGCAUGUCUUAAAGGGAUAGUUCAACCAAAAAUAUAAAUUCUGUCAUCAUUUACUCUCCAAACCCUAAUGACUCUUUCUUCUGUGGAGCACAGGAGUAGAGUCAGAAUGUUAGGGACUGACAGCCUUAGUCACCAUUCACUUUCAUUGCAUCUUUUUCCAUACAAGUGCAUGGUGACUGAGACAAGCAUUCUGCCUAACGUUUCCUUUUAUGUUCAACAAAAGAAAGUCUGGUGACUAUAAGAGCAUUUAUUUUUUUAUUUUGUCAAAUAAAAUCUAUAAAUUAACCACAAUACACCACUCACGCCCACACACUAAUGCAUGUACGCAUAAAAGAAACAAAGUCUGAGACUUCUGCUUUAUACACAUUGGAUUUUCACAGUCCAUUGCUGUUUAUUACUGUUAAUUUUCUUGACAUUAUUAAUAAUUUACUUGAAGUUAUUACAUUUGGAUGUUUGAAAUAAAUGAU